AUGUCCGAAGCUUUAAGAUACUUCUACCAAGGGAAGAGCACCGAUUUGAUAGUGUUCGCCAAGUCUGAAGAAUCUGUGCAGGCCUACUUGAAGAACUCUACCGUGGGUAACCUCUCGGAAGCCGUCGAGAAGUUCAAGGUGUACACCAACAGUGAUGGUAGAGGUGCAGGUGGUGAACUAGGCUACGCUUCAGGUGCACAAAUUGCUAAUGAAUUGGGUGAAGGUAAGUCCACGGCCGAUGCCAUUGCCUACAUAUUGAGAGAGGGGAAGAGUAAGGGUAAGAUUAGAGUCAACGAAAGCUAUGAAAAGUAA